GCAACUGCAGACCAGAACCUUAAGCGCAUUCCUCCCACGUGGCAGUGUUUCAUGCCCACGUCUCGGGGCUUUGUCCACAUUCUGCAUUCUGUAUACUCUGCCCUCACUGACUGACUGAGCCAUCACUACCCUCAGCUCGCCUUCAAGCAGAGCAACAAAGACCCCAUGAGUCGCAGCCGUAGAAGUAGAGGCUGCCUUGCAUGCCGUAAAUCCAAGGUCAAGUGCAGCGAAGACCAACCGCAGUGCGCCCGAUGUACUCGUCAGGACAUCAACUGUCACUACCCCGACCCACUGGAGAUCGAUUUCCGCAACGAGAACACCAAGGCGGCCGUGCGAGCCGUCUCGCUGUGGCGCCAGAGGGCUGCGGCCGUCCCAAGUCCCCUCCAAUCGCCAAGCCCUAGCCCCCCUGCCGACGAUCUCCAGCAUCACGCAUUAGCCACCUUCUAUCGGGACUUCGGAUGCACGGUUGCCGUCUCCAAUCCCUGGCUGGAAUUCUUCCAGAUGCUGCCCAAGCUCCACCGCCAACCAGCCGGCAACCCGGCCUCGGCGCAAGCCAUUCGAGCGCUGGCCCUGGCCCACCACGCGCGCCAACAGCAACAACGGCAGCGGCAGAUCCCGCAGCUGGAGAUCCUCGCCCGUACCGAGUACUCCAAGGCCAUCGGCCUCAUCUGGUCGCAGCUGCAGACCCGCAACGGCGUCCCCGGCACGGAUGUGAUCGUCUCCGUCUCGCUGAUGGGGCUCUUCGAGACCAUCCUGCCCAGCAGCGCAAGUGAGGAGGGUGGUGGAGGCAAACCGCAGCAGCACCGAUCCUGGCAGGCGCAUCAACACGGGGCCAUCUCGCUCAUCCAGCAGCAGCAGCAGCAGCAAACACAAUCUCGCGGGCCAAAUGCAACAGAGGAGGAGACCAUUGACCCACGAUUGCUCAAGUUCAUGUACUUGCUCAUGAUAGUCAACUGCCUGAACGCGCGCUCCCGACCCCAGCUCCCCUUGCACCUGUGGACAGGGGUUCUCGAUCCACGCCUCCCUGCCGCCCGACUGUUCCGGACGAUGUAUCACCUCGCGCAGUGGCAGGCCGAUCUGGACAGCUGGAUGGACGCUCACGAGAAGCCCCGCAACCUCUCAAAUCCCGCCAUCCUCCACAUCGAGGAGAUGAUCACCACGCUCAUCCAAGCCGACCGCGAGCUCCAAGAAUGGGAGUCCCACCUCCCGCCCGCAUUCCACUUCUACGACCGCCCCGCCACCCCCCAAGACCACCGCCUCCUCCAGUGGCCCGGGGCGCCGCGGCGUGUCUACAUCUACGAGUCCAGCUGGCGGGCGAUCCCUCGGACCUUCGGGUUCGCGGUGCGGAUCCUGCUGGCCCAGAAUCUGCUCCGAUGUCGGCGGUGGAUUACGGCGCGAGAUCCUGGCCAGUCUGGGGCAUGGCUGCGAGACCAGCAGAUGGGUGCUCUGAAGGUAGUCGAGGAGAUGGUAGGCCAUAUAUCCCGCAGUACUAAUGCGAUCGUGGGGCCGCCGGCUGCGGGGGGUGAUGGGCUUGGUGGUGGUCGCGGAGCUGGGGAGGGGGAAGCGAUGCGGGGGCUGGCGAUAGUGUGGCCUCUCAGUGUAGUGGUGGGUGCGUUGCAGCGAAAUCCGGGCGUGAGGGAUCGAGUUGGCGAGGAGCGAGCGCGGUGGGUUGGGGAUGCUCUACUGUAUGUGCGGCGGUUGGUGGGAAGUCGCGAGAAUGACGGAUGACGCUGGACAAGAAGGGGUUUGUGCUGGACACGGACUUGGAGGGGAAUAGAGGGGGCAGUCGGCUGGUAUGUCUAUGAUCUCUGUCUCGAUUUAGCAUGCAAAAGAGGCCUUCCAAAAGAGAAACCAGUAUGCAAAGGACGAUAUGCGCAAUAUAUGUCGAUGCAACGGCCUUCCAGACCUAGAUCGCUUGAUAUUCACUCCGGAGGCGAUGUGUUGUGUAGCACCUUGAGGAGUUGCAUGCUCCUUUUAAUGUGUGCCCUUCCUUGUGUGCACUGGAUGCGUCCGACGAAAGAGGGCUUCGGAUGGAGUCAUCGGGGCAGGUCGAUCACGUAGUCAGCUUCGAGGGCCAGAUGCUGUCACGGUCAAGACCAUCAGUACAUCAAUGGAAUAACUCCCUAAUUCGCUCCCUUUUGGAUUGACCCGGCCGAAAGUUUGAUUUUAACUGAUGCUCACCUCCGGCGAAUUCUUGAUUCGACCACCGGUGUCCGAGCUCAGUUU